CUUUCCUUUUCCUUUCCCAGGGACUCUGGGGGCGUGCUUUAGCUCGUCCCCAGUGACAGCCACAAGCCGUAGGAGGUGUCAUUGUGUGGUUCCCAUGUUGUGUCUGCUCGGGGCGGGGACAGCGUGUUCGUCCUGGUGGCUGUGCAGUCUUGCCCAACGCCUGGCACGGGAACGCACUGAAUGGAGGGGUAACCGAAGCUCCCAGAGCAGGGCCGUGUCAGGAAAACAAGAUACUCGCAGAAGGCCUGUCAGCUGGUGGUCAAGUGGGCACUGAGUGCCUGCCUCAGAGUCACCUGUUAGUUUUAUUUAGUUUAGGCUAUUAUUAGGCUAUUUCAGAGCUUUUAUUCUAUAUUGAGAAGGGUCUAGGGCACAAAUCUUGGAAUCUGUUCCCGGAUGAGGGCCCAGCCUGACAGGCUAGUGGUUAGUGCUCAGGACUCACUCCAACAGCCUGUUAAAACAUGGUGGAUUACUAUGAAGUUCUAGGCGUGCAGAGACAUGCCUCAGCUGAGGAUAUUAAAAAGGCGUACCGGAAACUGGCACUGAAGUGGCAUCCAGAUAAAAACCCUGAGAAUAAAGAAGAAGCAGAGAGAAAAUUCAAACAAGUGGCAGAGGCGUAUGAGGUGUUAUCGGACGCUAAAAAACGAGACAUCUAUGACAAAUACGGCAAAGAAGGAUUAAAUGGCGGAGGUGGAGGUGGAGUUCACUUUGACCAUCCGUUUGAUUUUGGCUUCACAUUCCGUAACCCAGAUGACGUCUUCAGGGAAUUUUUCGGUGGAAGGGACCCGUUUUCAUUCGACUUCUUCGGUGUUCUAGGUGACUUCCAUUUUCAGGCGCUAAGGAUUUGCACACAGGAACAGAAACUUCUCCACGGCUGCUACAUGUACGAAGUAACGGUACAGCCUGCUGGCGAAGACCCAUUUGAGGACUUUUUUGGGAGUCGAAGAGGCCCCCGUGGAAGCAGGAACCAAGGCCCAGGGUCGUUUUUCUCUGCCUUCAGUGGAUUUCCGUCAUUUGGAGGAGGGUUUUCUUCCUUGGAUACAGGAUUUACUUCCUUCGGGUCGGCAGGUCACGGGGGCCUCACUUCCUUCUCGUCCACGGCGUUUGGUGGCAGCGGGAUGGGCAGCUUCAAAUCUAUAUCCACUUCUACGAAAAUGGUGAACGGCAGAAAAAUCACUACAAAGAGAAUUGUCGAGAAUGGCGAGGAAAGAGUAGAAGUUGAAGAGAACGGCCAGUUAAAGUCCUUAACGAUAAAUGGUGUGGCGGACGAGGCCGCCCUCCAGGAAGAGCGCCUUCGCAGAGGCCAGAGCGCGCUGCCCUCCCAGCCGGCCAGCACCAGCGGCCCCUCGCCGAGGUCACACGGGCCGGCCGCUCUGCCCAAACACCAGUCUCCGCCCGUCUGCGAAGAGGAGGACGAGUCGGGCAGACAGCGGGCCGCCGGCAGCCCCUGGAACCCCUUCAUGCUCUCUGCAGGACUCAAAGAAGGUGGCAAGAGGAAGAAGCCGAAGCAGAGGGACGAGUCCAAGAAGAAGAAAUCGACCAAAGGCAAGCACUAGGCGGACUCGCGGCCGCGCGCCUGCUGCCGGAGCUGGCGCCCGGCCCGCCCCGUGCCGUAGUGCGAGGCGCGCACGAGUUAGGUAGCGGCACCGCUUGGCCACCGUCCCCACACCGCAGCUUCUCGGCUCGGGGACGGCAGGAGACGGGAGUGACGGUCGUGGGCGGAGCCUGUCCGCACUGUCCUCGCGUCUCCCGGCCCCAAAUCCGACAGCAGCUCCCCUGAGGGGGUCGGGGACCCGGCUCCUUCCUUCCGACUGUCGAACACGAUGCCGACUGCUGAGCUGUUGUAGCGUCAGAGGUGUGACUGGUGCAGGCGGGUGAUGGAGUGUGUGUCCACGGAAUGCCUUUCUCUCUUCCCGCGGGAGAGUCCUUGGAGCUGGCGCGUAGUUAGGGGCGGGGUGACGUCAUCGCACGUCCUGCAUGGAGUCCGCACCGCCAGGGGUCUUCCCUCCGGGUUACGGGGUGUCCCAGCCGCCUCCCUGGGGGCCCGUGGGUGAGUCUCUAGGUAUAAAGUCAUUCCUUAAAUUUACCGGAGUUUCAAGCUCCAAGGAGCCCAAACCUGACUUCGAAUAUUGUUUAGUUUUUGCAAAUUCCAUCUUUUUCUCUUGGACCCAUGAUUCUCAUUAGCAUAUGCACAGGACCCUGCAGAAUUUUGUUCGGUAAUCCCUUCUGCUCUUCGUUUGGGUCAUUCUGGGGAGACGCACGUGCAGUAUUCACACACACACACACACACACACACACACACACACACACACUCAGAUUGGAACGAGGGCGCUGAAGAAAAGAUUUCAGUUGUAAACAUUGGCUCCUCUAAAAACAUCGUUUAUUUUCCUAGCAGUUUUUUUCUGUCCACUUUCCUGCACUUCUUUGCGUGAUCAGCUGCUUCUUAACCCUUUGGUUCUACUGACUCGAUCCGUGCCGCGCCUAACCUUUGCUGCGCGCUUCCUGCCCAGGCCUUUCCUCCGUAACACAAGGGCCAGCUCACACCGCUUGGAAAUGGGGGCUCGGGGCAGAGCUUUGACGUGGUGUGAGAAUGCCGCUGUCGUGAAUGUGGCAGCCAGCGGCCCCCGUGGCCCCUGUAGCCAGCCGCGUCAUGGGCGUCGUGGGUGUGGAAGCCAGAAACGAGUGUAACUUUGCGACUCUGAGAUGACUGUUAGGGGAGGGGUGCUUUGUUUUGUUUGGCUUUGGCAGGGAGGUGGUGUGGACUGGUAUUACGGCUUACCGUGGAAAAUGUACCCAUGAAAACAUACUGUAUUUUAAGUGCUAUCAGCAGAAAUAAAACGUAAGCGCCGUCUUGGA